GGUGCCAUAAAAAGGACAGUAUACCUAGAAAAGGCGGUUUUAAAAGCAAAAGAGGCCUUACCAAAGGGGCGAAAGCCCUGGUACCAAAGAAAAGGAAGUUCAUUGAUUGGAAUAUGGACGAAGUCCAAGGAAAACACGUAAAGACUCAUGACACUAGGUCAAAAUCUGUUAACAAAGGAGAAAACAUGAACAUCGCGCAAGAAAGCACAGUAACUAAACUAAACUCAGAACAGGGACAGGAACAAACCGUAGCUACAUCUAAUAAUACAUCGAUUGAUUGGUCAGAGGAUGUGGACCUGGAGUUCUCUGUGGGGGAAGACUUAACAGACACAGGUUCAAGUAACUCUGACGAAUCGGAAAAUUCGGCGAGGAAUAUAAAGGAACUUUCUGGAAAGAUGGCGGAAAGAUCUGACGUAAUGAAUACUGAUAUGCAAGUUGACGAUCUAAACCAAAUUUCAGGCAAUAUUACAUCAAAUUCAGAUAAGAAAUCAUCGGAAGAACAUAGAGUACGGGCAAAAAACCUUGAAACAACUGAACCUUUAACUUUUAGUGUUAAUAAUCCAUAUGUUUCAGAGGCUAUGCAAGGUUCGAGCACUGAUUCUAAUAGUAAUAGUCAAGAGAAGGCCAGUGAAGAAAGUAGAAAAAAUUCAGAACAAGUAACGAAUGAGGCGAUUGUGGAUGAACGACCUGAUGAACGGAUACAGGAAACCCAUGACCUACCGACUACUUCUACUUCUGGAGGAGAAGAAGGGAAAAUAGUUGAUACUCUGACCACUGAAGAGAUGGAGAAAAGCAGAACUGAGGACGGGGGUCAAGAGCUCAAGGAUGGAGACGAUAUGGAUUCAAUAGAAACGAAUGAAGAUUUGAAACAAGCAAUGGACGAAGACAGUUUUAUAAAAGUAAUUAAUAAAAAAAGUAAGAAAAAAAAAACUGGAAUCCCAGUAGCAGAGAAAAGGGUUUCCCCUUACCAGAAAAAUAGAGAAGUUAAAAAAAAGCAGGGUCCUGUCGGGUAG